AUGUCGAGAUAUAACGAUCCUAAUUAUUAUCCAACUUCAACAACAACUUCAUCAUGGAAUUUAUUUAAACAAACAUUUAUGAAUGGAAAACCAAAGAAGAAAAAGGUAACUUCUGGCACUGCUACAAAACCAUCAACCUCAUCGAGUACAAGUUCUUCUGGUUUGAAUAAUCCUGGUGUUCGUGCCUCUCUUCCAAAUCCACAUAAUUCGAAUAGAUAUUCAGAUGAUUCAUCUUCAACUGGAGAAAGUCCAACAGUACCUACAGCGUUAGAGAGUAGUCAUUCAACACCAACUUUACCUUUCCAAAGAAAUCAUUCAAUGACAGAUUUUGCAUUGGAAAAUCAAGAGAAAUAUGAAGGUUAUGAAGAUUCUGAACCUGUUUUUGCUACAGAAGAGGAAACUCCAUUGUCUUCAUCUAGUAAUUCAUCAUCAUCGGCUUUGGCAGGUAGUGAAUCUCCCCAAUCAUUAUCCUAUCAACAAAGACCAUUACCUCCAAUUCCUUCAAAUCCAUCAUUGAGCAAUUUGGAUGAAUGUAGUACUCCAACAACACCUGGAUUGGAUGCUCUUGUUGAUGCUGUAGUUGAUGUUGUAGAAACUGCAGAGGAUGAAACCGAAACUGAACCUUUCGAAGACGUUUCUGAUAUGACUCAAAUCAAACCUUCAAUGUUAUAUCACUAUGUCUUGAGAAAGUUUGUUAAAAAUAUUGAUGGUUAUGAUGACCACACUUGUUCUGACAUGUUUGACGAGUUCAUUACUCAAUAUCUUGAAAUGUGUGCCAAACUGAAGGAGGAAGGUAAUGAGGAAAUGAAAGAAUUCUUCUCUUGGACAGAUAAAGAAGUACGUAAAUUAAGAGAUAAGGAGAAACCAAGAUCAUUCCUUCUCCAUCAAUGUGCAAAAUAUAACAGAUCAUCAUUAAUCUUUUUACUCGUCUCAAAAUACAAGUGUAACAUAAUGGCUCCAGAUGAAUCUGAAUCGACACCGCUCCACUAUGCUUGUAAUCAUAGAGGUUACGAUGCUAUUUCAAUUCUUUGUCAACUCAAAUCAAAGAUUAACAUUAGAGAUAAGUUUGGAAAGAGUCCUUUGCAAUUGCUUUUCAAUAAGGCAUUUAUUGAUGAGGAAAUUGGAGAUUUGCAAAGUGCUCAACAUGGAGCAAGUGAAAAGAUAAAGGAUAAAACCUCACAAACUCCAAAACAAUUGGCAACUGAAAACGACCUAACCGUAAGCUUUGUAAAGAGGAAGAAGUAA